GAUUCAAAUUGGAUCAGAAAACCUACUGAUUCAAGGCAGUCUUAGCGUGAAUAAUAUGAUGGAGCACCGGCACCCUCCUCUUCCUGCUUGCAGAGCCUCUCAGCCUUUAGCUUCUCAUUACAACUAUAUCUUAUGUCCUCAUCAUCACCAUCUCCUCCAUCACGACUGCCAUAAUCAGCACCACCACCUCCAUCACCAGCACUACUACCCUCAUUGCCACCACCGCCACCACCGCCACCACCACCCUUUCUGUGGGCAUCACAUUUCUCUCCCUCACAAAACUGAUCACUUCCAUUUGACCCCUUGUGUUGCUUCUUCUUCUCUUCCUCCAGCAGUAACACUUCCUGAACAGCCCCAAGUGGGCUACUCUGUUUCAACGCAGAACCAUCAGAACCAGGCGGUUUCCGCGUGUGAAGACGAUGAGAAUUCAGGAGUCCAGUUGAAUGAGGAAUGGAAUGAAGAAUUGGAAGAAGAGGAAGAACCAGUUUUUGUUAUGACAGAUGAAUGGGUGGAGUUCUUUGCCAAAUCUGAAGCUAAGAGGGGAUUAGAGAAGCAGCAGGCAAAGAAGAAAAAGGCUAAAAAAUGAGCACAAAUCUUCUCGAGUAUGUUCAAUCAUCAAGUGCACCAGAUGCAUUGCAACACUAUUAGAGCUGAAUGCAUCAUAUUCCUGGUCAAACAAGGAUUUUUUCUGUGUUGCAGUCAGCUUUAUCAGGACAAAGUUAACAUUGGAGGCAAAUGUAUCUGUCUAUUAUCUCACCUCCAAUCCACAUAUAAAACAAAGCAUGAUGCUGCCUUAUGGAAUUACUGCUAGGUAUUUGUUUUACUUUCAAAAACAAUUAAAUAACUUCUCAAAUUUCCAGACAGAUAUGACAACCAACGGGCAAUGCACAAUUUGACCACUUGAACAUUGUCUACUAAAUUAACUGUUUGGAUCAAAUAUUACAUCUGUAAUUUCUUUUUGUGCUA